AUGUCAAGGGACUCUCUGCUUUCUACACAGCAUACAGGUCUGUCUGGUCGCACUUACACUAUCGAACAUGUUCUGAAGGAAGAAGUUUCUCCACCGCGUCAAGUCUAUCGUGCCUCGGCGGAUGGUCAGCAGUUCAUAUUAAAGUACAUACACCCCGUCAACUUUGAAGAUCUUGAAGAAGUCAAUAAUCUCCUACGUGGAAAUGCCAGCCAUGUCCGCCUUGCUGUGGACACGAUCCCUGACAAGUCUAUGUUUGUUUUCGAACACUUCACAGGUCAUCUCUUAGCACUUGCCCAGAAGGACUUGCCCCUUGUGGUGAUCAAGAGAAUCCUCAAGAAUGCUCCUACUGGGCUUGUUGAGCUUCAUGAUCAGGAUAUCAUACACACAGAUGUAAAAGCAGACAAUGUGCUUAUCAAUUGGCAGAAUCGCAAUGAUGAGAUUCUUAUGCUAGAAGAUGCAGCUCAUAUUCCCCCAGGGUGCGACAUGAGGAGCCCCGAAGCCUACGCAAGAGGGCCUGUUAACAAACCUUCAGAUGUUUCCUCGUUUGCUCUUGUUUGCAUCUGCGCCGUCUAUAAGCGCAUCAUUUUCGCUGCUCGAGAGGAUGAGUUGGAAGAGGGUGUUGAUCCCCUCGCUGUCGUGAUCGGGCGCCAGAUCUCUUACUUUGCAGAUGAAGAUGGACUCAACGGGUUCUUGAAGCAUCUUGGUGACAACCCAUGGGUUCGCGUUUUUGAAGUAACUCGGGACGGAUUCAAUCAGGAGACCCCGCGUGAGCCAUUCGCGUUCUGGAAUGGUGUUGAUGGUGACUUUAAAAGUCUCAUAUGUUCCAUGACACGCUUUAAUCCGGGGAGAAGGAUCAUGGUGCGUCAGGCGUUGGAGCAUAAAUGGUUUGAGGGCGUUUGA